UCGAGACUGAAUGGGUGAAAUCUGUACGACGGUUUUUUUUUUUCAAAGGAGAGAAAGAAAAAGGGCACUGUUGCUGAGGAUUUUAUAUGGGCCAUUUCGAUCAGACCCAGAUUCUGUUUCUGUCUGAUCCAACUAUAUUUUCAACUGAAAUUUUCAUAUAAGGAGGACGAGAAGAUUUUCCCUCAAUUGAAGCAGGGUGGAUGCUUCUGCUUGUGGCUUCUCUCAAUUGGAAUGGCUUGUUAAUAAGUUUAGGAAAGAUCAGUGUUUUUUUUAUUGGAACGAUAGAAGUGGAGUUCUAGGGUUUUUGUUUCUCUUGGCUGUCAUUUUUGCUUGAGUUCAACUUAUGGGAACUGGGAUAUCUUGCCACUAGAGAUUGUUGUUUUGUUUGAUUUGAAGGGCUUUAGCCAAGUAGUGUGCUCUGGAAGUGAAGUGCAUGAGAAGGGUUUUUGUGUUGCACCGAUUUUAAGUCAUGAUCAAACAGAUAUUAAAUAGGCUCCAACGGAAACCCUCCAAAUCAGUGGAAAAUCAUGAAGGAGGGGGAGCGAUAACAUCCCCUUCAACUACUUCUACCAGUUCAAGAAGCAGUGAUUUAGCACGUUUCCAUUAUGGAAACUCAACCGCUUCGCCUCUUUCAGGCCUUAAUUCUAAUUCAUUUCCUGGAUUAAAUCAUGGUGACAAGUUUCCCCAUGCUGUGAAUUCAAAGCUUAAUGGGAGUUUGGCAGCUUCCUCGUAUGAAGCCUUGCCAAGUUUUAAAGAUGUUCCAAAUUCAGAGAAGCAGAACUUGUUUAUAAGAAAGGUGCAAAUGUGUUGUUUUGUGUUUGACUUCACUGACCCUACAAAGAACCUCAAAGAGAAGGACAUUAAGCGGCAAACAUUAGUUGAACUUGUGGAUUAUGUUUCUUCUGCUAAUAGCAAGUUUACAGAAAUAAUGAUGCAAGAAAUUGUGAAAAUGGUAUCUGUAAAUUUGUUCCGGACGUGGACCUCCCCCCUCCGUGAAAACAAAGUUCUAGAAGCCUUUGAUGUGGAAGAUGAAGAACCUUUGAUGGACCCUGCAUGGCCUCACUUUCAAAUUGUAUAUGAACUCCUUCUAAGGUUUGUCGCAUCACCUGAGACUGAUGCAAAAUUAGCAAAAAGAUAUGUCGAUCAUUCAUUUGUUCUCAAACUAUUAGACCUAUUUGAUUCAGAAGAUCCCAGGGAGCGGGAUUACUUGAAGACAGUUCUUCAUCGUAUAUAUGGGAAAUUUAUGGUGCACCGACCCUUCAUUAGGAAAGCAAUCAACAAUAUAUUUUAUCAGUUCAUUUUUGAAACUGAGAAACAUAAUGGGAUUGCAGAGCUUUUAGAAAUUUUGGGGAGUAUAAUCAACGGAUUUGCUUUGCCACUGAAAGAAGAACACAAAUUAUUUCUUGCGCGAGUGCUCAUUCCUCUUCAUAAACCAAAAUGCAUACCAAUUUACCAUCAGCAGUUAUCAUACUGCAUCACCCAAUUUGUGGAAAAGGACUGCAAGCUUGCUGAUACUGUCAUCCAGGGAUUACUAAAAUAUUGGCCUAUUACAAACAGUUCCAAGGAGGUUAUGUUUCUAGGUGAGCUGGAGGAAAUCUUAGAAGUAACUCAACCUGCAGAGUUUCAACGUUGUAUGGUACCAUUGUUCCACCAAAUAAGUCGUUGUUUGAGCAGUUCACAUUUCCAGGUAGCAGAGAGGGCUUUGUUCUUAUGGAACAAUGAUCACAUUGAGAACCUAAUCAAGCAGAACUGCAAAAUUAUUCUUCCUAUUGUAUUGCCUGCUCUAGAGAAAAAUGCUCGAAACCACUGGAAUCAGGCAGUCCAAAGUUUGACAAUAAAUGUACGCAAGAUCUUUGCUGAUACCGAUCCUGAACUCUUGGAGGAGUGCCUGCGCAAGUUCAAGGAAGAUGAAGCACAAGAGAAAGCUUUGAAGUUGAAGCGAGAGGCUACAUGGAAGCGCUUAGAAGAGAUUGCAGCCAUGAAAGCUGCAAGCAAUGAACCAGUUCUUGUUUCUCCCAGAACGGCGUCUUCUUCUGGCUAGGCAAUUGUGCGCAGUUGAAGCAAUCCUUAAUUUUUUGGCAUUGCAGGGUCCAAAAAGCAUGAAGGUACAAAAGGUUUUGUUUGUUCCCUUGGCCACAUGAUGGAGUCACAAUGCGAUAGGGUGCAAUGUGGCUGUGUCAUGGUUUUGCAUGUGCAAGCAUAGAAUGUAUAUAUUGAAUUGGAUAGAAAUAAAUGGGUGCCUCAGAUAUAGAGUCAAGACACAGUUUAUUUGGAAAAUUUGCUUUUGUAAAGCUGGCGUCUGCAGUUUGAUGUAAUUAAAUUCCUGAGUAUAUUGAACUUGGAAUCUUUUUACCCUUUUUAUUUCAUACUCUCAUUCCACCAUCUAUUAAGCGAUUAUAAAUUUAUUA